UCUGGGCGACACGUAGGGCAGCGCGGAGCAGCUGGACGGCAGGGAACCGGCGGCGGUGGCCCAAAACGGCGGCAAGGGGGUGGCGCCUCUAUUUUUCGGUAGCCAGAGGAAGAAGAAAUACAGUGGGUGGACCUAUUUGUAAACUAGAGGAAGUCUAGGGGGUCUUCUGUAAACACAAAAUUUCCCACUAUUUUAGGGCUCAAAUAAAAAAGUGUUCAACAUAAAAGUUGCUCAAUUUUUCAAGAUCUACAACUUUCAUGGUGUGCAAAUUUUCACUAGAUCAAAUGAUUUGAAAUUAUUUUAAAAUCUGUCAAAUCUUUUAUUUGCAACUAAACAUAACUCAAGUUUUAAAAUUGCAAGGGUAACCCUAGACAUAAAUUUGUCUCUUAUGAGGGUAGAAGUGAAAAACAAAAAUAUGCAUUUUAACCCCUCAUGAAUUUUGAAACUUUGCCUUUUGCAAAACUAAUUUAUAAAAAGGACUUUGCACUUUUCCAAAAUUACAAAAAUACCCUUGCUUAAAAAUCAUGGUUUAAAAUUUUAAACAAACACAAAAUUAUUAUUAUUUUAACUGGAUGGUUUUAGCCCAUAAAACCUGGGUUGUCACAAUCGGCUGGGGGCAGGACCAUGCUACGUGAUCCUGCAGGAGGAAGGAUUUCUGCCGACGAACAAGUUGAACAAGCUGCCGCUGCUCAAGUUCCAGAUGAAUACCCACACCGCAGAGAUCCGGAGAGAGAGCUUGUUCAUGACAACAUUGAUCAGCCUCGAUGGUGCCCAAGAGAUUUGACCAGGUCACAGAAGAGACGAGUUCAGAGACUGCGUCAGACAGAGGCACUGGAGGAGAGAGAAAGGAGAGAGGCUCCCAGAAGAGGAGUCAGAUCUGAAGUUUGGCGUGUCAAGCCAAAGGCCGAUGAAGGGCAGCCAUGAGGGCCAUUGCCCACGUCGGUUAACAUAGCUUCCAUGCUUCUACCGAUCCAAACAGUCGGUUCUCCCAACCGUUCCUAAUGGAUGAGUUCUUAGAAGAUGAAGGGAAGUUGGGGCACAGUUUCACGUCGGCCGAUGCAUUGGAGGAAGUAGACAUUGGGGAUGGAGAUAGACCAAGGCCGACAUUUAUUAGUGCUAAGUUAGAUCCCGAGUAUAAGCAAGAGUUAGUAAAGCUGUUGAAAGAAUACAAAGAUUGAUUUCCUUGGGAGUAUUAUGAGAUGCCAGGUUUGGAUCGAUCCAUUGUUGAACAUCGUUUGCCCAUCAAACCUGGGUAUCGGCCACAUCAGCAAGGUUCAAGGCGGUGUAAUCCCAAGAUCCUGCCAGACAUAAAGGCCGAAAUCACAAAGUUAAUAGAAGCAAAGUUCAUCAGGCAAUGCUGAUAUGCGGAAUGGAUAUCCAAUGUGGUUCCUGUGUACAAGAAGAAUGGGAAGCUGCGUGUAUGCAUUGACUUCAAGAAUCUGAACAAAGCUACGCCGAUGGAUGGUUACCCAAUGCCAGUUGCCGAUAUGUUGGUGGAUGCUGCUGCAAGACAUAAAGUGAUCAGUUUCAUGGAUGGAAAUGCUGGAUACAAUCAGAUAUUCAUGGUUGAGGAAGAUAUUCAUAAAACUACAUUCAGAUGUCCAGGACAUGUUGGUUUGUUUGAGUGGAUUGUCAUGACUUUUGGGUUGAAGAACGCUGGAGCAACAUACUAGAGGGCCAUGAACUACAUCUUCCAUGAGAUCAUCGGCAAGAUUGUUGAGAUUUACAUUGAUGAUGUUGUGGUGAAAUCCAAGGGGUACCAAGAACAUUUAACCGACCUACGCAGAGCUUUGGAAUGUACCAGAAGACAUGGAUUAAAGAUGAAUCCUAACAAGUGUGCAUUUGGUGUGUCGGCUGGUUAGUUUCUUGGAUUCAUGGUUCAUGAAAGGGGAAUUGAAAUUAGUCAGAAGACCAUUGCAGCCAUUAACAAAGUAGUGGCUCCAGAAACGAAAGUUGAACUUCAAUCGUUGAUCGGCAAGAUUAACUUUAUUCGGAGAUUAAUUGCUAAUCUAUCCGGUAAAAUACAGCCAUUCAGUCCUCUAUUGAAGUUGAAGGCCGAUCAGAAAUUUGUAUGGGGAGAAGCACAGCAAAGGGCGUUGGAUGAGAUCAAGCAAUAUCUAACAUCGCCUCCUGUGUUGGUUCAAAAGCACAAGCCGUUUAAGUUAUAUUUAUCGGCUGAUGAGCGUGCUAUCGGAUCGGCCCUUAUUCAAGAAUUUGAGGGAAAAGAGCGCGUGAUAUAUUUCGUCAGUAGAAGACUCUUGGAUGCUGAAACCAGGUAUUCUCCUGUUGAAAGAUUAUGUCUCUGCUUAUACUUUUCUUGUACCAAGCUUAGACAUUAUCUGUUAUCGGCUGAGUGUGUUGUGGUAAGCAAAGAUGAUGUUAUUAAAUACAUGCUCUCGUUGCCGAUUUUGAGUGGGAGAAUUGGAAAACGGAUUCUGGCCUUGUUUGAGUUUGAUCUGAGAUAUGAAUCGGCUAAAGCGGUUAAGGGACAAGUCAUGGCCGAUUUUGUUGUUCAGCACUGUGGGCCAGAAUUAGGGAUUGUUGAUCUAGUUCCAUGGACAUUAUUCUUUGAUGGUUCAUCAUGUGGAGUUGGAUUUGGUAUUAGCAUUGUCUUGGUGUCACCUCGAGGGGCAACAUUUGAGUUGUCUUUUCCAAUAGAAGCUACUGCUACCAACAAUCAGGCUGAAUACCAGGCUUUGCUUAAAAGAAUUCAGCUAUUACAAGAAACCGGAGCUGAUGCAAUUGAAAUAUUUGGGGACUCCAUGUUAGUGGUUAAUCAGUUGAUCGGCAUAUAUGAAUGUAAAGAUGAUAUCCUACGGGUCUAUCAUGAAGAAUGCUGCCAAUUACUGAGAGAAUUCAGAAAGGUAACCAUAGAACAUGUACCCAAGCUUUAUAAUGGAGAUGCUAAUCGGCUAGCACAGCAUACUUCUGGUUAUCGGCCGAUAGAAGGAGUGAUGACAUUGGAAUUACCUGCCGAUGAUUGGAGGAGAGAAAUUGUGGAGUAUUUGGAAAAUCCCUCCAAGAAAGUAAGCCGAAGGAUAAGAUUUCAGGCGACUAAAUAUGUGUUGCUUGAAAGAGAGCUAUAUUAUCGGACGAUUGAUGGAGUUUUACUCAGAUGCCUUGACAAAGAGGAAGCUAACGUCUUGAUGGGAGAGAUACAUGAGGGUGUCUGUGGUUCACAUCAAUCGGCAUACAAAAUGAAGUGGGUAAUCAAGAGAAAUGGAUACUUUUGGCCAACCAUGUUAGAAGAUUGCUUCACUUAUUAUAAAGGUUGUCAAGGGUGUCAGAAAUUUGGAAAUGUGCAGAGAGCACCGGCAUCGGCUAUGAAUCCCAUUAUUAAGCCGUAGCCAUUCAGAGGAUGGGGAAUUGAUUUAAUUGGGCAAAUAUCCACCAUCCAGAAUCACAAGUUCAUACUUGUAGCAACGGAUUACUUCACCAAAUGGGUUGAAGCGAUUCCUCUGAAGACUGUGACAUCCAAAGAGAUGAUUGAAUUUGUGAAGGAACAUAUUGUUUAUCGGUUUGGUACUCUGCAAACUAUUACGACCGAUCAAGGCAGUAUGUUUAUUUCAGAGGAAUUUGGAGAGUUUGCUGCAAGUAUGGGAAUUAAAUUAUUGAAUUCUUCUCCGUAUUAUGCUCAAGCCAAUGGUCAGGCAGAAGCUUCCAAUAAAGGGAUUAUUAAGUUGAUUCAGAGAAAAAUUGAAGAGCAGCCAAAGAAGUGGCAUACGACUCUUAAUGAGGCUUUGUGGGCCUAAAGAAUGUCUUGCCAUGGGGCUACUAAAGUGUCUCCAUAUCAGCUAGUUAAUGGGCAUGAAGCUGUACUUCCAUGGGAGACAUGGCUUGGUUCUAGACGUGUUACACUUCAAGAUCAAUUAACAGCCGAUGAUUUGGCUGGGCAUCGGCUGAACGCUCUCAUCAAUAUCGAGGUUAACAAAGCUAGAGUGGGCCGAUGGUAUGAUAAGAAAAUCAAAGCCAAAUUUUUUGACCAAGGAGACUUGGUGUGGAAGCUGGUCUUGCUGAUAGGAACGAAAGACCCCAAAUUCGGCAAAUGGUCUCCAACGUGGGAAGGGCCAUACAAGGUUAACGAAAGACCCCAAAUUCUGGAGACAUUGGAAGGAGAAGAAUUUUUCAGCGCAGUUAAUGGCAAGUAUUUAAAGAAAUAUUACCCAAGUGUUUGGGUAGAUGCAUAGCCGAUUGUACGAGAAGAUCGGUUGGUUUUGAAAUAGCCGAUACAGAAAGUGUAUCGCCUUUAGCGUAAAAAUAAGAAAAGACUUGAUCGUAUCAUAAUGCGUUCAAGUGUUUUCGUGGCUAAUAUGACAUGUAUCACCCUUAGAUCAAAAAUACGAUCCAGACAUGUGGUUCAAAUCUGAUUUGGAUUUUCUGUUCGAUUUUGGAUCGCGAAGGUGUUUUGGUUCGUUCGGUGCAAUAAUUGCAAGGCAGAAAAUAACACUCUUGAAUUUGGAUCGCGAAGGUGUUUUGGUUCAAAUCACUUUUAUUACACGCUCAUCAUACCUGAUCUUUUGUCGUUUUCUGUAUCGGCAGGGCCUUGCCGAUACUCCGCGUAAGAGUGAUUCGGAAAUCCAGCCGAUACACUCUUGAAUUUGACUGUUUGUUGUUUCUUUGUCAAUUUACAGGUCAAAUUGACUGGCACGCCUUGGUUCAAAUCAAGUGCAGUCCGGGCUUGGCGUACGGGGCUCUUGGGCUUGGUGUGUGAUCAUCUCGCGUUAACACUGGUUUCAUGAAUCCAAAAUAUGCAUAAGGGUUAGUUCUUAGCUUUCCUUCCAUACCUUGGAUUCUGGGUGGCUAAAAUCGUCACUUCCAUCCAUUGAUCCUUAGACCAUGUCACCAAGAAUCAAUGCAAGCCUUCCUUCUCGGAACUUGGAGGUUUUUCAAACUUUUUUGAAAAUAAGGCAAGCUCGUGAAUGCCCAAUUCACUCGGUCACUCAUGGUGUUUGAUCCUCACAAGGCUUUUUGCAAAGCCCCUCUUAUGGGUAUAUGUGUAACAGUGUAUGGUAAUAAAGGGGGAUGACGAGCCUUUGCAUGAUCUUCAUGUUUGACGGACAGUGUUUGGUGUCGUGUUCGUGAAUGAUCAAGGUACUAGAUAUGCAAAGCAUGACUUGAGAGGCAACAUGUUUGAACGAGCUCAAAAUGUAAAAAAUAGCUAUGUGGAAUCAAAAACGCGAUUUCUCAUCUAUGUAUGUGGUAUUGGAAUGGAUUGGAGUCAUGAGCAUGAGAGUUGCCAUAAUUUUAUUUUUGAAAUAAAUUUCCUCCUAGACUUUGAAUUAGAUCAAGCUUGAUUUCGGAUCAAUGUAUCAUAAGGGCCAAUAGACAAAAGAUCAGAUGAUCAUAUCAAGAUAAGUUCCAAAGGCAUGUAAGUACUUCCAUGAGAAAUAAAACUUAGGCACGAGUUGAGAUUCAGGAAAAGAUUUCAUCUCUCUCUUGGUUUCA